GCUCCAGGGAGCGGCAUCAGGGCCAGGGAAACAAUGGUCUCAGUGACUAUGGCCACUUCCGAGUGGAUCCAGUUCUUUAAGGAAGCCGGCAUUCCUCCGGGGCCUGCUGUCAAUUAUGCUGUGAUGUUUGUGGAUAAUAGGAUACAGAAGAGCAUGCUGCUGGAUCUCAACAAGGAAAUCAUGAAUGAGCUGGGCGUGACUGUGGUGGGGGACAUCAUUGCCAUCCUCAAGCACGCCAAGGUGGUGCACCGCCAGGACAUGUGCAAAGCUGCCACUGAGUCGGUGCCCUGCAGCCCCAGCCCCCUCCCAGGGGAGAUUCGCCGUGGCACAUCUAGUGCUGCCUCCCGAAUGAUCGCCAACAGCCUGAACCGUGACUCCCCACCUGGCACUCCCCCCAGGCGGCCAGACACCAGCACUUCCAAGAUCUCGGUCACUGUGUCCAACAAGAUGGCAGCAAAGAGUGCCAAGGCUGCUGCAGCCCUGGCCCGCCGGGAAGAGGAAAGCUUGGCUGUUCCCACCAAGAGGCGCCGAGUCACUGCCGAGAUGGAGGGGAAAUACAUCAUCAAUAUGCCAAAAGGCACCACUCCUCGGACCCGCAAGAUCCUGGAGCAGCAGCAGGCAGCAAAAGGUCUCCACAGGACAUCCGUUUUUGACCGCCUCGGCGCUGAGACCAAGGCAGACACGACAACAGGGAAUAAAGUGAGUCGAGACUGGCCCACAGGAGUCUUCAGUCGCCUGGGGGCUACCCCAGAGAUGGAUGAGGAUCUGGCUUGGGACAGCGACAAUGACAGUAGCAGCUCUGUCCUGCAGUAUGCUGGGGUCCUGAAGAAACUAGGACGGGGCCCUGCCAAGGCCAGUCCCCAGCCGACCCUGACUGUCAAAGCGAAGGCCACGAGCUCAGCAACUACAGCUGCUGCCCCGAUGCUGCGGCGCCUGGCACUUUCCUCACGCCCUGGGCUUGAGAGGAAGCCGGAGACCCUGUCCAAAGUCAGCAUCAUCCAGAGACUGGGCAAGGCCACCCUUGUGCCUGAGGCCCAAGACAGCCAGGUCACGAGCACCAAGAGCCCGACUGUCCGCUGCGUCCUGACUGACCCUCCUGCACCUCCGACCUCCCAGCGUCGCCAUCGUCGACGGUGGCGUUGAGCCUGUAGAGACUGUUAGCUGCCCUCCACUCCCAGGCUGGAGGGACCUCCCCAGACCCUGGGCUGCAGCUGUGGUGCCUCCAUUUUCCAGCCCUGGGCGUCUUUUUCUUUAAAAGUCUAUGGUGGGUGGUGGGCAAGGGAUAUUGGGAAGGGAAGCCAGUACUGAGAGAGAAGAUGACAGCUGUUUUAAUAUAUUUUUGUGGCUUUCAAACUGUUUCCCUUCCCUCCUUCAGGGUGAGUCACAGGACUGUUUUUCACACAAAGCACAAUGUGGGUGGGGGGUGCUAGCAAAGGGCCAGACUCUGUGUCUGAAGAUCAAGCUCCCUGCACCCAGGUGGGCCAUGUCUUUGCUACAAGCCCCGAGUUGAAUGGAGUAAGGUCACAGUCACUGUUCAGUUAGGCCACCUCCUCCCCCCCACAACAAGCCAUGGUGGUUCUGUCACUCUGCUCUCCCCUUCUCCCCCCAUAGAUUUCACCUGUUUCUGCCACUCGCCUCUUGGCGGCUUUCCAAAUUAUGGGCCCCAUUUGCGAGGUCAUGAGUUUCUGUUGAUUUGCUCCUCACCCCCUCCCUGCUGCAUGGCUGCUCCUCUGUGCCAGGACUGCUCUAGGAGCAGGGAGCCAGCAGGGAGCCUGGCAGCCCAGGGCCCUGCCGUGUGACUCCCUCCCUAGUGAGGAAGAUGAAGAGCAAGUGAUGAUGCUGUCCAGAGAAUCGGAGGGUGGGAGACAGUGGCCAGGGCUGCUUCAGGUGUUGUGGGCAGGAAGACCUUUCCGAGGAGGUGACAUGUAGGGAGAGCUGGGAAUGAGAAGAAGCAGUUUUGUGAAGUGCAGGAGGACGGUAUUCAGGCAGAGGGACAGCCAGGUGCAAAGACACUGAGGUGGGACAAGGAACACGAAGGCUGGUGUGGCUGGUGAGCGAGUGAGGGGGCCUGCCAUCCAGCAUGAGGUGGGGUGGGUGGACAGGAACCAGAGAUCUAGGGCUUUGUGACCCUAGGUGAAGAACAUGGACAUUAGCCUGAGAGCACUGAGGAGUUCUGUAGGGUUUGAAGCAGGGGAGUGAUGAUCAGAGUUGCCUUUUAUGACAAUUGCUUUGGCUGCUGUGAGGAGAAUGAAUUGGGAGGGUGGGGGUGGAAGCCACUGUUCUAGUCCAGGCAGGAAAUGAAGGAGGCUUGGAGCGAGGUAGUGGCGGUGGGGAGCAGAGAGAGGGCAGACUUAGGGUGUGCUUCAGAGGAAGAGCAGUGGGACAUGCUGGUGGAUUGGAAGUUGGGGCCCAGGGAAGUUGGAAGUCACGUGUCCUGCCUAGCUAUAGAGCUGAGCAUCUGGGGGAAUGGCUGUUGGCAGAGAUGGGGAAAUGGGAGGGAGGAGCAGGUCAGGGAGGAGGGUAGCUCUGUUUUGACCUGGUUGAGAGUGAGGUACCCAUGAGGGCUGCAGGUGGAGGUGUUGAAUAGGCUUCUGGGGCUCAGGGGCCACCUGGGCUGGAGGUCAGCAGCUGUGGGCAGUGCUCAGGGUACAGCUGGAAUAAAAGCCAAGGGCCUGGUGAUACCAGUUGGAAGGGGAGUGUAGAGACUGAAGAGGACCCAGAAAGGAAUUUGGGUCCCCUUUCCUGUAUAAAGAAUAGGAUCUGAUAAAUGAGAUGGCCAAUGAGUGGUCAGGGGGCUUGGAGGAGAAUUAAAGGAGAACAUAAAGGUGAAGAUGAGAUUAGACCUCAUCCAUUUAUUUAUUUAUUUAUUUUUAUUGUGGGGAAAUAUGCAUAAUAUAAAAUUUACCAUUUUAGUCAUUUUUAACUGUACCAUUCAGUGGCAUUAAGUACACUCACAUAGUUGUAUGCCUACUACCGCCAUCCACCUCCAGAACUUCUUUUGUCUUCCCAAACGGAUCAUCCAUUCAGUUUUAGUUUUUCAGUUAUGUCAUAUUGGGAGCCCACUGUGUGUUAGCCAGUGUCCCAGACACUAGGUACGGGGUGUGAAUGGCUGGACUCGAGGAUGAGGAACAGCAGUAGAGAGUAGUGAUAGAUCCCUCUCCCUGUGAGGCCCCAGGCUAGACCUUCAUGGGACUGGUUGAGAUCUGAACUCAAAGGACAGCAAAUGCGAUGACAAAGAUUCCAGGGCCCACCUCUUCAUGUUGGUUCCACCAGGAGGAACUCACACACGUGAGUUUGCCCUGCUGAGCAUCAACCCUUUUUGUUUCUCUAGUAAUUUCCUCUGGUUCCACUUCAUGAGUAAUUUUAACACCUGCCGUUGUUACCUAGAAGAGUUCCAGUUACUAAAUUCAAGAGCACAUGGUAAUUUCUUGAUGUGUAGUAGGAACUACAAUGAUAUAAGAACAUGUAUAGUUCACUUACCAGGUAAGGCUUACCUGUGCCGUGUAAGUCAUUAUUGCUCUUUACAAGGGAAUAGGGGAGCAAACUGCUGAAGGCCUUACCCAGCUGGCAUGUAGUGGGAUUGGGUUUGACCUUAGGGAGCUGACUCUAGGAUACUUGCCCCUUAACCCCUACUCUGUGCUGCCUCAAUUGCAGAUUUGCAACAUGGCCCUUUUGGAAGGAGGAAGCGGGGUCCUAGGAUAGUGGUUUUGGACUCUGUAGAGUUAUCUACAUGUACAUGUUCCCACUACCACCAUCAACUUGUUUUAGGAAGAAUUUACAGCUCUAGGAUACUGCAGGCUUUGAGAGUCAUGCCCCAUCCUGCCGUUGUCUGCCAGGCAGACCAGAGCUGAUGUCCCCAUCACCUCUCAGUCACUCCAGAGCCACAGUGUCCCACCCAUUUGAUUUGGCAGUUCCCCCAAACCAACCCCAACAGCUGUGACCCACAGUGGUGGAUUUUUUCUCUGAUUCUAAUCAUUUUUGAGCAUAAAUAAUAGUCACAUGGUUCAAAAUGCAAAACGUAAAUGGCUCUGCAGUGGAAAGUGUCUUUCCAUGUCUCCUAGCCCCCUCAGUCCCUUUUUAGAGGCCACCAGUAUUACCAGUUUUUUGUGUAAUCCUUCUAGGUUUGUGUGUGGACACACAUACACAUACACACUUACAUAAAGCAAAGGAACAUGCACUAUACGCAUACAAGCCACACGCGUAUUAACAGCUUUAUUUAGCCAGUUCCUUUUUGAAGGAAAUUCAGGUUGUUUCCAAUCUCUUGCUAUUACAAGUAGUGCUACAAUGAAUCUUUACAUGUGGGAUCAGUUCAGGGGUGAAUUUGAAGAACUGCAAUUACUGUACAUCAUUUAAGUGCAGAUAGGAUAGUGGAUCAAAAACAAGUCUGAACUAAGCUCUUCCCCAAGAUUAUUGGCAUUCAGGUGGUUUAUUUAUACAAUGACCACCCCCUUUCAAAAAGGAGUGAAAAGCAAUGGACUCUUCUAAUUGGAGACUGGUGGAGGAAUCAGGGUCAGGGUCAGCUAAGAGCUAACACUGACCGCCACCUGUGUGCCAGGAAGUACUAAAUAAAUGCUUGGCUAAGUUGAUGGACUUAUUGAAUCCUGAGGGCAACACCAUGAAAGGGGGCUACUUCCUAUUCUCAUCCCAUAAACAGAUGAGAAAAUGGAAGUGCAGUGAGCCCAGGCUAAUGCUAAAUUGCAGAGCCAGAUCAGAAGUAGCUCAGGUAAAAUAAUUCUGUUUGGAUGGUGGUCUUGGGACAAGGUUAUCUCUGGAUGUGUCUCUUCUUCUGGGAGCUCACACCAGUGGAUACUAAAGCAAGAGGAGAAUUGUAGUACCUGUGGCAGGCAGCCAAGGUCAAGGCCAGCCCCACUGUCUCUUUCUUCAGUGCUUGAGCCCUGGGCUGCUUAGAAGAGCCAAGAGUUGAGCUGCAGCAACCCUGACCCCUCCUUUGGGGAUCGGACCUGACUUAGUUUGGUAAGCGCUGUGCCUUUGAAGGCCUGGAAAGGAGGAGACAUUUCCCCACACGGAAGUUUACCUGUUUUGUGAACUCCAAACUAGAGCUUCACAAACUUCAAGUAGGGCAAAAGCUCCUUUUCUUUCUUUCUUUCUUUUUUUUUUUUUAAAGUAAUAGACUUUAUUUUUUAGAACAGUUUUUAAAGUUAUAGAAAAAUUGAGAAGAUAGUAUGGACAGUUACUGUAUACCUCACACCCAAUUUCCCCUAUUAUUAACAUCUUACAUUGGUGUAGUAUGUUUGUUACAAUUAAUAAACCAGUGUUGAUCCAUUAGUAUUAACUAAA